UCGGUCCGGAUACAACGUGCUAAACUGCCGCCAACCAACAUGGCAAAAAUAAUUGUGAAUUUUCAGCACGAUCGAGGCCUUGUUUAUGAUGCGAAUGAUUAUUUUAGGCUGCGGUCCGAGUUUCGAAUUGUUGGCAAUCUGAUUGGUGUGCCAGUGUCUCACCCGAGGAAUAUUAACCAGCAGGGAUUGCCCGCUGUACUUUCGACGGUGGAGUUGAAAUUUCUAUUGGCGAAAAAUGCCAUAGAACUAGUCGAUCGAAAUGCUGCCUUCAUGAAUGUCCCUAGUGAUGAACAGAUCCAGCUUCACGAAAGUUUGGUUCAGAAGCAGAAGGAAGAAAUACGGCAGCCUGUAAUCGAAAAACGAAUGGAAGCUUUUCGCAAACAUUUGCCAAAGAUUGUGGAGGGCAAAAGAAAGAAACUGCUCAAAUCAGGAACGAAAAUUGAAGAUAUUAAAAUUAGUGCAGAACAGUUGCUUGCCGAAGAAAUGGAGAAGAUUAAGCAGGAAAAGUUUGAUACGUUAGUGCAAAUUCCAACAAAGUAUCAACUCAAUAUUGAGACAACGACCCCAGAACCAAAAUUGAUUCUGAAUGCCGAAGAUCUCAUCAAGUAUCAAGUCUUCGAAUCACUAUGGAAUGAUGGCGGCUUCAUAACAUCCGGAGAUGCUUUUGGAUGCGAUUUCUUGCUGUACCCCGGAGAUCCAAUUUGUUUUCACGCUUCCCAUAUGGUGCAUGUGGUGAAAAAUUCUUCCCAAAAACUUGAUUUAAAGUACAUUAUUCGAAUUUGUCGCCUCUCGGUAGUGGUGAAUAAAUUCUGUGUCAUUGCGUACAUCGACGCAUGCACUAACGAAGUACAGUUUGAAACAAUAGAAUGGGCAGGCAGUGGUAAUAAAAGUGAAAGUAGUUGA